UUAGCCAGGGGAGCCAAGUGCCAGGUUGCAAGAGCUUCGCACUGCGGCUCUGUCCGGACAGCGGCAGAGGGGAUGUCUUACUAACUCCACCAAAACUUUCUAGAAACUCAGUCAACAGAAAAGAAAGAAACACUGACUGACUGACUGACAAAAGUGUCGCAACCCGCCUCACUUCUGCUUCAAUGAAACUUUAACUACUUUAUGUGUUUUUCUUUUGAACUAAAAAAGUCUUCACAUCCACUUUCAUAACUUUUUUUUUUUUUUUAAUGAGCCGGGUCACGCUUGCGUAGACGCUUUUUCUUUGCCAGAUCUUUUUGUUUGUUUGUUUUCAUUUUGACUUUGGGAUAAAGUUCUUCUUUAUCAUUUAAGACUCGUGAUGGCUGUCCUGUCACUAGCGUUACUACUUGUAGGAUUUGUAUUGACUUCAGCCGACAAGGCUGGUGGAGUAGAUAGAGAGGACCAGCUGAGAAGCCGACUGAAGGAAUUUGGCCUCAUCACUCCCUUCAGCACUGACUCUCAUGGACACUAUCUUUCACACCUUCUCUCUGCCUCUCACAAGCAGCGUGUCAAGAGGGAGGCCUUUUCUUCUGGCGAAUCAGAACAGAAACUUUUCUUCAACAUCUCCGCCUUUGGGAAGGAGUUCCACCUUCGUUUGCGUCCGAAUGACAAGUUGGUGGCACCAGGUGCUAUGGUGGAGUGGCACGAGGAAGUUGAAGAUGUCGGGAAUAUCACUGACAGCACUGGUAGCGAUGCCAGUACAGGCGCUAACCAGACUGAACCCACCAGCAGGACAGAAAGGAUAUUGCGCCGUGAGCUGCUGAAGACAGACUGCACCUUUAUUGGUGACAUCACAGAUGUCCCCGGGGCCACCGUUGCCAUUAACAACUGUGACGGACUGGCUGGGAUGAUCCGCACUGACUCUGAUGAGUACUUCAUCGAGCCACUCGAGAAAGGCACGCAAGAGCUAGAGGAACAUGGCAGAGUCCACGUGGUUUACCGCAGGUCGGCUCUGCUGCAGGCCCCCUUCAACAUCUCUGUGGACUACCAGCCCCAAGAACCAGAGCUGGAUGUCCCUGGGACUCUCAACUCUCUAGCCCGACAGGUCAAUGAGACCGUUCGGCGCCGUCGCCGCAGAGACGCCGGAGAGGAUGACUACAACAUUGAGAUCCUGCUGGGAGUUGAUGACUCAGUGGUUCGGUUUCACGGCAAGGAGCAUGUGCAGAAUUACCUCCUCACUCUCAUGAAUAUCGUCAACGAGAUUUACCAUGACGAGUCACUGGGAGUCCAUAUCAACGUGGUCCUGGUAAGGAUGAUCAUGCUGGGGUAUGCCAAGUCUAUCAGCCUCAUUGAACGAGGCAACCCAUCAAGGAGCCUUGAGAAUGUGUGCCGCUGGGCGUUUGUGCAACAAAAAGGCGAUCCUGAUCAUGCUGAACACCACGACCAUGCAAUUUUCCUGACUCGCCAAGGCUUCGGGCCCACAGGGAUGCAGGGCUAUGCUCCAGUCACAGGAAUGUGCCACCCAGUCCGGAGCUGCACCCUCAACCAUGAAGACGGCUUCUCCUCGGCCUUUGUUGUGGCUCACGAGACAGGACAUGUGUUGGGCAUGGAGCACGAUGGCCAAGGCAACAGAUGCGGGGACGAAACAGCGAUGGGAAGCGUGAUGGCUCCUCUGGUGCAGGCUGCUUUCCAUCGAUACCACUGGUCCAUGUGCAGCGGACAGGAGCUGAAGCGAUACAUCCAUACAUAUGACUGUCUCUUGGAUGACCCCUUCAAACACGACUGGCCGCAGCUUCCUGAACUUCCUGGUAUCAACUACUCGAUGGAUGAGCAGUGCCGGUUUGACUUUGGAGUGGGCUACAAGAUCUGCACUUCAUUUCGCACAUUUGAUCCAUGUAAACAGCUGUGGUGCAGCCACCCGGACAACCCUUAUUUCUGCAAAACUAAGAAGGGGCCACCUCUCGAUGGGACCGAGUGUGCUCCUGGAAAAUGGUGCUACAAAGGUCACUGCAUGUGGAAAAACCCUAACCAGGUCAAGCAAGAUGGCGCCUGGGGCUCCUGGAGCAAAUAUGGCUCCUGCUCGCGCUCCUGUGGAACUGGAGUUCGCUUCCGGACACGUCAGUGCAACAACCCAGCACCCUCCAAUGGUGGCCAGGACUGCCCAGGAGUAAACUAUGAGUAUCAGCUGUGUAACACUGAAGACUGCCCCAAACACUUUGAAGAUUUCCGAGCACAGCAGUGCCAGCUCCGCAACUCCCACUUUGAGUUCCAAAAUGCCAAGCACCACUGGCAGCCCUACGAGCAUCCUGAUGCAAACAAGAGAUGCCACUUGUACUGCCAGUCAAAGGAGACAGGAGACGUGGCAUACAUGAAACAGCUGGUGCAUGAUGGGACCCGAUGCUCCUACAAAGAUGCCUACAGUGUCUGUGUGCGUGGAGAAUGUGUGAAAGUUGGCUGUGACAGAGAGAUUGGCUCUCACAAAGUGGAGGACAAAUGUGGUGUUUGUGGUGGAGACAACUCCCACUGCCGCACCGUCAAAGGAACCUUCACCCGAACACCAAAGAAAGCUGGUUACCUUAAGAUGUUUCACAUUCCUCCUGGAGCUAGACAUGUGAUCAUCCAAGAACAUGAGGCCUCCCCUCAAAUUCUUGCAAUCAAGAACCAGGCUACAGGGCAUUACAUUCUCAAUGGAAAGGGAGAGGAAGUGAAGUCCAGAAGCUUCAUUGACUUGGGUGUGGAGUGGCACUACAUCACUGAGGAGGACGUGGAGACCCUGCACACAGAUGGACCUCUGCAUGACCCUGUGGUGGUUCUGAUUAUACCCAAGGACAACGAAACACGGUCCACUUUAAUGUACAAGUACAUCAUCCAUGAAGAUUCAGUGCCUGUUAAUAACAACAAUGUCAUCCAAGAGGACACGUAUGAGUGGGCUCUGAAGAGCUGGUCUCCGUGUUCCAAACCCUGUGCUGGAGGGUUUCAGUACACCAAGUAUGGAUGUCGAAAGAAAGGAGACACCAAGAUGGUCCAUCGAGGCUACUGCGAUGCCAGCAAGAAGCCAAAACCAAUUCGCAGAAUGUGUAAUCUUCAGGACUGCACACAGCCUCAAUGGAUCUCAGAUGAAUGGGAACAUUGUACCAAAACCUGCGGCAGCCUGGGCUUUCAGAUCCGGACUGUUCGUUGUGUGCAGUACCUCCAUGAUGGCACCAACCGCUCCGUUCACAGCAAGUACUGCAGCGGGGAGAAGCCAGAGAGUCGGAGGCCUUGUAACAGAGUCCCAUGUCCUGCACAGUGGAGGACAGGAGCGUGGUCAGAGUGCUCUGUGACCUGUGGAGAGGGGAUGGAGAGGCGUCUGGUCACGUGCCGGAUUGGAGAUCAGUGCAACGGAGAAAAACCUGAAAAUGUGAGAUCGUGCAGGCCGGGACCCUGCCAUGAUGAGCCAUGUAAUGGAGACAAAUCCAUCUUCUGCCAAAUGGAGGUCCUAGCACGAUACUGCUCUAUUCCUGGCUACAACAAACUGUGCUGCGACUCCUGCAGCAAGCGCAGUGGAGCCCUGUCUCUGUUCGCAGAGGCAGCUGAGAAGGAGGAACAUGUUCGCUUUGGAUCAGCCUCCCAGCUGCUAGAGACAUUAACUGCUGCUGUAGCAGCCAACGGCACUCGUAGUGGUAAACAAGGCCCAGGAAAAGGAUCUGCCACAACAGGCCAUGGUGUGAAACAUGUCACCACCCCUGCUCCGCACAAGAAAAACCCAUCAAAAAUCACUACGGCACCAAGGCGGGUUCCACGACACAUAGGUCUUACUGGUAGGAAGCUGUCUGCUAUGGCUGUAUCACCUCAGGCAGAUCCUACUCAGGGUGAAAGGUCAAGCAGCUUGACAGAUAAUCGGUGGCCCACAGCAUAUUCCGAAGUGGAGAGAUGAAAGAGAUGGCCUUCCCCUUCAGGACUCCUCAUGUACAGUAGAUAACCCAGUUUCAUCCUGAGUCUUCUCACACCAAAAACACCACAGAGAAUGAGAAACAGAGAGAAAGAAAGAAAAGUGCUGGUUCACUUUGUUGUUUAGAAUUUCCCUUCCCUUUUGCCCCAGUGUUGACUUUCAUACUUCACGUUGAGAUGAAAAAAUACUACGCUAAUUUUAAGGUAAAGGGGCACAUGGUUUGAAGGGAAUUUUCAUCCGUGUCAAAUGAAAACUUUAAUGAAUAACAGCUGCAGUAGUUCAUAGUUAAUUAUUUUAGGGGGUACGAAAUUGCCAAAGGAUUAGAUUAAAUUAAAGAAGCAUCUAUUUUGCUACAUUUCUCCAAACUUCAAACUUCUCAGUAAAUAUUACAAAGACACGGUUGCUUAAUUUCAGUCAAACAGUUGACUUUCUGACCCAAGGAGCCUUGAAACGUUACAUUUCCCUUCUGAUUGGUCUUUUCUCUUGUUUUGUCAUUUAAUGACUCGUGCCCCUGGUGUCUGCAGAGCAUCGUAGCGCAUCCCCUGGCAAACAUUGAGCAGACAGCUAAAGAGAAAAUGUCACCAGGUGCACUCAUUACAGUGAAAAUGUGAAAAUUGUGAGAACUUAUGCAGAGUGAAUCCAUGACUAUGGAUCAUCUGAUGCAGAUGAAAGUCCCUUUUUUACUUGAAUGUUACAAACUGCCAUUUUCUUGCCAAAUAAUGUAAGUAUGAAGCUAGAUUUACAGGAUUCAACUGUGCCGGUACUUGAGGAAUCAGUGCAUAUGCAAUGUAAAACACCAGAUUUGUAUGGCCAAGUAUAGAAAAUGGUGAAAACCAUCAGGAAAAUGGUUUUAGUUGUAUAGAUUUUUUUUCCCCAGCAAUGUCUGCUUAGUGGCGCUCUACAGUUUCUAUGGAUAGGGGUAUUUAUAAAGGUUCCUGUAAAUACUGUACAUGAAAAUAUCAGUAUUCUUCUAAUAAGUAGAUAACACUUUCAAGCACCAAUUUAAUCAAUUAGAAAAACAGUGGACAUUAACUGUCACUAUUAUACACUCUCAAUGCUGGUACGUGUUUUUCUGCGGAAUGCUUGAAAAGAAAAGUUCUACUUUUUUAGGAAUACCCUUUUUUUUUCUUGCUAAAAAUUAGAUAAGAUUGAUGCCCCUUUCAUAUCUGUAUGCCUACAGUAAAUAUGAAGCUUCAGCUUCAGCUUUUUUCUUUCAUUUGUACAAAACACAAACAAAAAACAACAUAAAUAGAUUUUGUUAACUUUGGACAAAGCCAGACUAGCUGUUUUUCUCUGUUUCAAGUUGGUAUGCUAAACUAAGCUGACUAUCGCCUGGCUGUCAGUUCAUGUUUAAUGUGCUGAAAUGUGAGUGGUGUCAAUCUUCUCAUCUAAUUUUUAGCAAUAAAGUAAAUAAGUACAUUCCCCAGAAUGUCAAAGUAUUUCUUUAAGAAGCAUCUUAUACAGGUUACAUCAUCCCAACCCUUACCUUUUCGAAAUCAGAAGUUUGUAUGGUGCCAGUCAUUAACAUUUUUGAUUGUUGAUAUAGCCCUCCUUAUCAUAGUUUUUGCUCAAAGAGGUUGAAAUUGUUAAGUCAAAGAAGAGAACUUAAUAGGGGAUAUAUUUAACAAGUAUUACAUGUUCAAUACUGUAUAUUAUAUGCAUCUGGGUCUCGUUCAGCUUGAACACACUAUAGAAAGGAUGUUAAAUUUUUACUACGGAUAUGAACUGCGUUCUUCUGUUGUACUGUGAUGUGGCCAUGAAAGAAGCAGAUACCCAUCUUUAAAUGUUAUUAAGUGUUGGAUUUGCAAAUUAUUAUAUCAUAUAAUAGAAUAUUUCAAACACUUAAGGCUUCAUUAAGCGUUUUUGACCACUAGGAUGCAGAAAGUCUCUCAAACAAACUCACAGUACCACAGUCCUGAUGUACCCAUUCACCUAUCAAGUGCUGCUGGCUACUUGCAUAUCUACACAUCCAGCAGAGACAAAACAACACGAGCAUCCAGCUGAAUCACAUUUAUUUCAAUCUGAUGAAUGUAAGUCCAAGAUAAACUCUUCUUUUAAUUAAUAAUUUUUUUAAUUCAGCUCUCCCCUGUUUGGUGCUGGCUAACGUACACUGAACUUUUUUGAUUUCAUCUGGGAUGAAUGAUCUGAGAUAUCAGCUGUGUAAUGCUGCAGCAUUAGGAGUUGGUUGUUAAUUCUCAGAAGGUUCAGCAGUGUGUGUGACCCUUUCACAUUACACAUGUCAUUUGAUCCAAUUUCCAUAUCAAAAAUAUCGCUUAAUGGAGCUUUAAGCUCAUUGCAUCCUUUCGUUUUCUGUCUGAACAAGGUUUUAUUGAUCAUUUGGGUUUACAGGAACAAAGCCUUUUUGUAAGCUGGACUUUCAAAAGAGUAUCACCACAUGUGGAACUUUUUUCCAAAGUGCUUCCUAAAUGGCUUUUUAUUGUGGAAGAAGGUUCAGGAGAGAGAAAGCUAUUUAUUUAAAAAAGGGUUUCCUCACAACCACCAUGCAUCUGACUGCAAUAGCAAAGACACAGUUUUGUGUUUUCAGCAAAAAUAAAAAGCUCAACUAUUCACACUCAGUCCUGUGUGCCAAUGUAUAGUACAUGUAUAUAGCAUUGAGUACAUAAAUAUUUAUUGAAAGUUAAAGGGUUCUGCUUUAUUUUAAUGGUGUGUGCAGUGCCAGCUGGUCAGCCCUUGAUAACAGAUCCCAUUUUUUUUUCAGCCACAUUUUCAACUUUUAAAUGAAUUUCUACUUUUUAAAAAAACAUGAUAGACUAGAGAUGAUAUUGUUUUUUGCAAACAAUUAGAUGUAAAUAUACAUGCUCAAUUUUGAGAUGUUUAACUUGUUGUCAGAAAGCUGUCUUUUCUCAGCUAUUUUGUAGAAGUUGUUAACAGAGCUGUUACGUCACAGUGACAUGUACUGACCAAAUGCUUUAAUUUAACCAAUAAAACAUAAAUAGUGUAGUACCAGUAAACCAGUAAAGUUGUUUUUUAUGCUGUUUGUAGUUGUCAGUAUUGUCUUACCAUUUUACAUUUUUCUCCCCUGUUCUUUUCACAUUUGCUGCCUAUACAACAUUGCUGCUAAUGUUAUGCAGAGCUUGUAAUGAUAAAUAGGGUAGUUGUAGAUGUUACAUUGACAAUCCCUGAGCCUCAGACAGAUGUACUGCAUAGGAUUCUCCACGUACUGUAACAAGACCCCUGUGCUAUCCGUGCAUUAAAGUAUUAUGAUUGUCAUGACUGUCA